CUCGCCUUCUACCAACCAAAAGCUUGGUCACUGCAAACCCGGCCAAACAACAACGGUUGCCUGGAUGCCGCCGGUCCUUCCACUCCUUUGAAGCCAUUUUCUUUUCUCUCCUUUUUAUUUUAUUUUCGUUUCUUCACUUCCUCUUGUCCAGCCCGACCGCAGCCAUGGUUUCCUUUUGGCCUUGGAGCAGCGACUCCAACUCUCCUGCAUCCUUCGAAAAGACGCUAGCGACUCUCUCGACAAAAAUUACAGAUACACAAGCACAGCUCGAAAAGACACGCGCACGUGCAAGACGACUCCGAGCUCUGUCGACGCUCUACCUCACAUUUGCCUACCUCGUUUACUCGAUCCUCGUCUUUGUCGUCGUUGGCUACCAGAACCUCGGCGCGUACGAAUGGGGGGCUAUUGCAGGUGGCCCAGUCAUCAUCUACGUCACGCGCAAGCUCAUCUCCACAUUCUACACGUAUCGCAUCGACUCCCUGACGGCUCGCCUCAAGGCACACCAAGAUGAGCGCGCCAAGACGAUCCAGAAGCUCAAGGAUGCGACCAAGUAUGACUCAACACUCGAACUGAUUGAGAAAUACGGCGGCGAGAAGAAGAAGAAGACGGAAGAGGCUACCGACAAGGCCAAGCAGCCCCCAAAGCAGGGUCCUCAACCUGGUCGCACCAACCUUCCCCCUCCCCCGACUGCGAAUAUCCAGCGCCCGCCAAUGCAUAAUGAACAGCAUCAACAGCAACAGCCUGGAACACCUCACCAACAGCAACAGCAACAGCAACAUACUGCUCCUAUACCGUCGCUCGAGCCCGGCGAGGAGUUUGCGCCAAACGCCUUCUCGCCAUCCAACCGCCCACCACCACCAGGCUAUAGCGCCGCCCAAUACCCCGAAUCGCACUGGUACGACCGCAUCUUUGACGUGUUGCUUGGCGAGGACGAGACGUCACCCAAGAACCGCAUUGCUCUUAUCUGCCAGUCAUGCCGCCUCGUCAAUGGCCAAGCACCUCCUGGCACUACGAGCCUCGCUGAGGUUGGCAAGUGGCGAUGCAUGGCGUGCCACGCGCUCAAUGGCGACGAGGACGAAGGCCAAAAGAUUAUCGACGAGGUCUUGGCCGAUGCUAAAGACGAGCAUGACGAUGCCAAAGUAAAGGUGGAGGAAGAGGACGAUGAGGAGGAUGUUAGCGGCGUCAUGGUCGAGGCCGAUGGCGAAGAGGGCACCACGGGUAUUGACAAGCCAGAAGGCACCGUCAAGAAGAGAACUUCCACUGCCAAGUCUUGAACUUCUUAAAACUUCGUUUUGGUUUCUUCUUUUCUUAUUCAUCUUUGACGACUUUUUUGUUAUUAGGCAAGUUGGGGAGCAUCAGUACAGGAGUAUUUUUUUUUCGUUUCUUGAUCAGGUUGACACGCACGUUUUGCAUCUUCACUUCAUCUUGCUAUCUUCAUCAUAUAGCUCUAUUCAUUGUGUUUUUUCAAGGCUACUUGCAUCGUUGUAUCGUGUAUAAAUUUGGAUUUUUCUCUUUAUUCUGCUCCCCUUCAUUCUUUGGUGCGUGUAAAUUUAUUGCAUAUUGUAGACGGCGUUAUUUUGCAGCAAAGACAAAAAAAAGGCAGCCAACAAAGAAACCAGAGGAAAAAACAAAAGAUCUAUCUAUCAUGCAAAACAAACAUAGUGAGAGUCAGAAAGACAAAUGGUCGUCCUACCGUCCCCUUUCCCUACUCCUUUAACCAAAACCAAAAAAGAACCAGCAAACAAAAAAAGGGGCCGUCAAAAGCGAUACUCCGAUGCGAACUAAUAGCAAGUCCUUUCUCAUGGAUACACCCGACAUUUGCGACGUCAUUCAUAUCGUGUUUGAUUUCUCGUGUUGCAAAAAGAACAAAGUAAAAGACGGGCAGAAGUGGCAGUUUUUAUAAAAGGAGCGUUGGGAUCAUUUUAUAGACCUCAUAAGUAGAUCAGCGCUUCCGCACUUCCGUUGCCCAGCCUUCUAUGCCUUCGCCCAGACCGCCAACUUCGAGACCUUCGAUCUUGAUGCCCUUCAUACCGGCUGUAUCGUCAAGCCACGAGUGGCCAGCCAUGCCGCCGGCAUUGGCGCGCUUCUCUGGAAUCAACUCGAGCAUCGGGGUCAAAAAGGCUGCAAUACGCUUGGCCUCGUCCUCCUUAAAGUGGUACUUUUCGCGGAGCACGUCGGGAAGUGCCCAGUGUCGCAGUCUAUGAAUGUUGCGCAGCUCGCCUUUGCGGUUGAAGAUCUCCUGGCACCAUUUACCGUUGAGGCAGCUUCGCGGGAACGGACCGAGCAGCUCAAUAAUCUGCGCAAUGUGAUCGUCAUCCUUGCCGUAUUUGGUGCCGGACUGAGGGUCGAAGAGGUAGUCUCCGGUAAUAAGUUCGAAAAUCUGCUUGCGUGUUAACGGCCAAGAAGAAGAGGCAUUGCAAUAACCCGUCAUUUAACAUACCAUAGCGGCCAUGCUCCAGACGUCAGUGCUAGCUCCCCACUUGGAACCCAGAAUGACUUCUGGUGAGCGGUACUGGCGAGUCUGAAUAUCGUUUGUAAAGUGGUGGUUCACCCAGCAUGCGUUGCCCAAGUCGGCAAUCUUGACACUGAUGAUAUCAGAGGCGUUGGCAUCUUCGGCCUUGCGCUUUUCGCCAGUCGAUGCUGAUGAGUUCUUAUCGAGAGAAAUGCUAGAUACUUCGCGGGAAAGAAUAUCACUAGAAAAAAGCUUUCGUUAGAAGGUUGGUCAGUUGUGGCAGGAGCUUGGUUACAUACGCUGACUUUUCGUCUGACUUGGAGUCGUCUUUUUUGCCUAACAGAAAAUGUUAGUGGAAUCUGGGAUGAUGAAGGAGAUACAAAAAGUCUUACCAUCGCUCAGAAUAGCGUCCAAGCUAGGCUGUGAGGUAGAGGAGGGGAAAAGAUUUGUAUGGUUGAAGGAAGCGUUGAGAGGCGAUGGCAGCGGCUGGCUACCAGUGAUGAGGGUUCUGCGGCGUCUGCGGCCGUUUCGGUUAUUCUCUUUAUCGUUGGUUUCGUUCUUGACCACCUUCUUAACAAUCUGCUCGACAUCGCCGAUUUCAAUGAGGACGUUUUCGGGCUUAAGAUCGGUGUGAAUGAUGCCACAUUCACGGUGCAGGUAAUCGAGGCCGAGAAGCACCUGCUUGGUGAUUUGCUUUACGAGUGGCAUAGGGAUACCACGAUGGUUCCAUCUCUUGAUUAAUCCAAGCAAGUUCUCACCUAGAACCUCAAAGACCAUGCACACGUGCGUUCCGUGAGGUCCCUUGUGCUCAAACGAGUCGAGGAGGCUGACGACAUGCUUGCGGCCGGGGUGAUCAGGCUUAGCCUGGACGAUGCGGUUGAGGAGCUUAAUCUCGUCGAUGGCUGUCUCCGUAUAGUGUGCGGCAGAUCGGACGACCUUGAGGGCAACGUGCUUGCCGUUGGUGUUGUCGCGCGAGAGCCAGACGGUGGAGAAGUGACCCCAGCCGAGUUUGCGGACUACUGUGUAUUUUCCGUCCUUGAACUUCUCGCCAAUCUCGACAGGGUGGUAGCCGCCCUUGCAGUAGUCUUCGGAAUCCUCCUCAUCGGCAGUGUUUUCGUUGAUGUCGUCGGCGACGGAGGACGAUGUGGGGGAAGCCGUCAUGGUGGCGGCCAGUUGAUGUGCUCUGUAUGCGCGACAAAGAUUCGUGGUUAGCAAAGACUGGCGAUACUAGGCAAAAAGAAGCAAAGAAAUAACAAGGCGAGCAGGCAGCUAUUGCACCGGCGCAGCGCAGCAGCAAACUCGGGAGAGACGGCGCGUGCAAAAACCGGGGAUGAGGGCAGAAAAGAGAAACAGGCAGGGAAACGCGCAGAAAAGGACCAGAGCGUCAAAAGGUUUCCACAGGGCGGCUCCCCCAGGCUAGCUUAACCAGCAGCGCAGCCAGUAAGCGUUGCGGAUUUGGGGUUGUGGCCGCCCACCACGCGGGUGCUUUGCAACGCUGGCCGUGACCUGUGACUUGUUUUGGCAGCUGGUGCUGUGGGAUGGCGACGUGGGGUGGAUAAAGAGAUAGGCAGAAAGCACAAGAUGAGGCAGGCCGCGAUCAGCAGCUGCAGCCAAACAUUUUGCACAACCUGUGUUGAUACCACGGCUAUUUUUCAUGGAGGGGGUGGGCGAAGAGUAGCAGUAGCAGGAGGGGGCGGGGAGGGGAACCUUGUCUUUAGGAAGCUCAUCUUGCGCACAUGGCGAUGAGGACGAGUGCUGGCCGAGUCGGGGUUGGAGGCGGCGGAAGAAGGAUUGCAAGGCAAACAAAGGGUGCGUGACGACACAGAAAACGGCGAAAAAGGCAAAGUAGCGACGGUGUUGAUGGCAAGAAAGCUGUGCUGCGCAGGGCAGACCGUGCUUUUGGGUAGAGGGGCAAGCAGCCAGCACCUGAAGCUGCAGCUGUUGCUUGGCAGCGGCCCCGGGCAGGCAGACAGGGCAAGGCAUCGCUGCACUGCCCGCCAAAGGUGCGCUGGCAGAUCCCCUGUACCCAGCUGGUAGCGGCUUGCCGGGGGCUCCAGUAGCGGAGGGGCGGGUGGGCGGCUAGCGCCCGAAGCUGGGGCAGAUGCGGCGUUGAUGAGGUCAGAGCCAGACGAUGGGAGGGAGAGGGAACCCAGUCUUGGCCUGCAGGGGGAUGGAAGGAUGAACAAGCAAAAAAAGUAGAAAGGUACAAGGAAAUAAAGACAGAAACAAAAGAAAUGCUUGCAGUGAAAAAGACAAAAGCCGGUUCGCAGUCAAACAAUAGCCGCAUCACGGAUAUGUCGUCAAAAACAGCCGCACUAGCAGCAGCUCGCAUCACCGGAAAAAAAGACCCGGAUACACAAGGUAACGUCUGGUUAGCCGGUACCGAGUACUAAACCCAGCUCUCACCAGAUAUCUCGCCAAUGCCCUAUUGUUCACUGGACUCGCAUCUGUGGUGGGUUGGACUGCCACACUCACACAGACACACACCAUCGGGCAAGGCUCACGCUCACCGACAAGAACCCCUGGUCCCAACCACGGUUUUGGGGGCCUCCCGUUUUUCCC